AUGCUUUUCGGCAAGAGUCUCACCUACACGAUUGCCCGCAUCCCAGUACACGCUCAUGCGAUGCAGACCUUCAAAUCUAUUCCUCCCUUCUAUGCCCUUGGUAGCCUCCGCGCUGAUAAGGGCACACUACUUGCUUUGACCGAGCUACCCACCGACAAUGGCAAUCAUUUAAUGUCACAACACGAAAUAGGACUUAGCCAGGUUCCCCACCGACCACCCGAGGAUAUCGAUAUCCUUCCCCCUGUGCGCCGGACCCCACCUGACGCCGCUGCUAAGCCUCCACGACCAGCCCCAUAUCGUCGGGAAUUGACCCCUGCGAUUGCAAGGACCAGUCUCCUUGUUCCACGGCCUGCGGGAGAGAUGGGUUCUCCUCGCCGCGGUGGAUUCAGUGUUGAACAAGAGCUUGGGUGGGAGAAAAAGGAUUUUAAUGCGCUAAAGACCUUGGUCAACGAACACGUUGCAAACGUUCUGGAUGCAACAAAGCCUUUCUCUGAGCAACCCGCUGACAGGCUGGAUGAUAUCAAACACCUGGUACAGUAUCUUGAUAAAUUAAUAUCAUGGAGUGUCGCGACUAAGAAAUCCCCAGACCACGCAGAAAUAUCCUCAUUUGAUCAAUUAUGA